GUAUACAGACUCAAAUACGGUCGGCAAAAAUCAAACGUAUAAACUUUUCAACGAUUCCUGUUCAAAUUAAAUUUCCCGUACGUGAGACAUAUUAAAAAAGACUGUUUGAAAAACAAACAGUUGCUCAACUACAUAAGCUAGUCGCUGUCAAUGUUAUUACACCAAUCAGUUCGACCUCAACACUUCUGGAAGAUUCUAUCACUCUCUUUGAGAUUGCUUGGAACUGGUUUGUAUCAUACUAAACGCCGGUGAAACAUGGCAGAGCCAAUUAAUGUGGUGGUUACAGGAGCUGCAGGGCAAAUUGCCUAUUCCCUGCUGUACCAGCUUGCUGCUGGAUCAGUCUUUGGUCCAAACCAACCAGUCAAUCUUCGUUUAUUAGAUAUCCCAGUCAUGAUGAAGGUGUUGGAUGGGGUGGUUAUGGAACUGCAAGACUUGUCUCUUCCUCUUUUGAGAGAUGUUGUACCAACUGCUGAUCCAACUGUUGCUUUUAAGGAUGUCGCUGCUGCAUUCCUUGUUGGAGCAAUGCCCCGAAAAGAGGGAAUGGAGCGCAAAGAUUUGUUAGCUGCUAAUGUAGAAAUAUUCAAAGUCCAAGGGGAGGCUUUGGAUAAAUUUGCCAAGAAAGAUGUUAAGGUGUUGGUGGUUGGAAAUCCUGCCAAUACAAAUGCAUUGAUUUGCUCUCACUAUGCGCCAUCCAUACCAAAAGAAAACUUUACUGCCAUGACCAGACUGGACCAAAAUCGUGCUCAAGCAGCCUUAGCAGCACGAUUGGGUGUGCAGGUUGACAAAGUGAAAAAAGUCAUUAUCUGGGGUAAUCAUAGUUCGACUCAAUAUCCUGAUGCUGCGCAUGCAACUUUAGCUGGUGCAAGUGGCAAUAAUUCGGUAGCCUCUGCUGUGAAUGACGAACAAUGGUUGAACACUACUUUCGUAGAGACAAUACAGAAACGCGGUGCAGCUGUGAUUGCUGCGAGAAAAAUGUCAUCUGCGAUGUCAGCUGCGAAAGCGGCCGGUGAUCAUAUGAGAGAUUGGUGGAUGGGUACCAAUCCAGGAGAAUGGGUUAGCAUGGGUGUCCUGUCUGAUGGAAGUUAUGGAAUUCCAAAGGAUAUUGUAUUCUCCUUCCCAGUAACCAUACAAAAUAAGCAAUACAAAAUCGUCCAAGGACUUCCAAUCAGUGAUUAUGCAAGAGCCAAGUUAAAUGUUACUGCUAAAGAGUUGGAAGAAGAACGCGCAGAAGCGAAUACUGUUUUACAAAAAAAGUGACUAGGAUCGCAACAACGUAAUUAUGAAGACCCUAUACCCCGUUCAGCAAAAUUGUAAAGACUAAAUUUUUGUUCAUGGUAUAUGUAAUGUGAUGCGACACCAUGGUCCUAAAAAGCCUUCAAAAAGGACACCAAUGGAACCGUGUAAAUUAUAUUAGCGGUAUUACGUAGUUCGUACAUUAUACGGGACAUAGUGAUAUGCAUAUCUUUUCUAAAGGGCAAUGGAAUUGUUAAACACAUACGUUUAUAUUCAUAGACUGUAUAAAACAUGUAACAAAUUACGUUGAAGAACAUGUUAUACUUUAUAACGUU